AUGUUAGUGACUUCGUUCACAGCAUUGAAAACUAAGGGGUGGUGGUGGAAUUAUUGUGGCAGACGAGCCUGCCGAGUGUCGUUAUUUACAGUAUUGCUUGGUGCAUCAGUGUUGAUCAAGCAUCGAGACAAACGUCCUGGCGAACGUAUUUCUACUGUAUUGGAUAGUGGAACAGCCGUUGGUCUUCUGAAUCACAUCAAGGAAAUGAAAACUGUUAUUAUUAUAUCAGACGAAGGUGAUACUCUCUUGUCUAAGUUAGGCAAAUUCAACGUUAUUGACACGAGUAAAGGCGCUGAGAAUAAUUGGGUGCUAACUCAAUGUUUUGACGGUUUUGAUCAUUUUGUGAGAGUAACAGGCGUUUCGCCGAUCAAUAUUCCACUUAGUAAUGUAUCAAUUUGUGUUGCAACCACCGGUGAACGUUAUGGAGGUGUCAUUGAAGAAUUACUGAAAGAAAAAGGAACAACAGCCCGUGAAAUUCUCUACGAAUAUGGAGUUAAAACUGGUUGA